CGUCAUUGUGUGGGUAUGUAGCCUUGUGUGUGUGCUCCACACAUACCCGUAUCGAUAGACUUUACCUCCCCAAUACACAGUCCUUAGGAGUGUAUAUAUGUGACCAGCCAUGCCUGUUAGGAUCCACCGACACCGUACACAGAUAACGUCACAGAAGUCACUUAAUGUCGGAACCGUUCCCAACUUAAAAGGGACCUUGGGAAGUUAUCUAACAAAAUGGAAGAGUGGAUAGUACCCUUUCCGUCUCUACGGCAACUACAUUUACCUGGCGAUAUACAGAUAGUUUUAAUUACAGGAUGAUGACUUUGCCUGUGACAACUUCGCCGUAGUUGAGCAAGCUGGACAUGGUUUCAACGGUUUGUGAUAAUUAACUAUUUUAUAUAUUUACUGGAGUGUGAUAUAUAUACAUCCUCAAGAUGUCGGUGGUUGACAAGAAGAAAACAUUCGACUUUCGAAUGUCGAAAAAGGUGGCGGAAUUGACUCAAGUGGUUCACAUGCUUUUCACAAGGAACCAUGAGAAAGAAGUCGAAAUUGAAGCGAUUAAGGACGCAUAUGAGUUUGAACUGUCUUUAGUAUUAGAGGAUGCAGAAGGUCGAAUAGCUUCAUUGGACCAAAAACGCACGGACCUGGAGGCAUUACUAGAUAAGGAAAGAUUAGCAGGGAGAGAAAGGGUAAUGGAGGCUAUGCAGGAGCAGGCAAAUGCAAGAGAGGAACAUUGGAAAAAACAAAUUGAAGAUCUAGAGAAACAGUUGUCAGAGGAAAAAUCAGACAGUCAAAAUUUACGGGACUUGUUGAUCAAUGCGCAAAAGGAUAUUGAAAAAUUACGAGAAGGAGUGGCUGAGCAGUUAAAGAUUAAGAACGAAGAGAUUCAGAGCAAAAACAGAGAACUUGAGAGGCUACGGCGGUUGUUAGCCGAGAUGGAGAAAACUUCAUCUGAUAAAGAAGUCCAGUAUCAGGAAGCAAUAAAGGAGUUAGAAAGGACCAAUGAGAAACUGGAGCGAGAGCUAGCUCAGCUCCAGGCUCUCCUAGAGGAAACACAUAGAAACAAACUGCAAUUGGAGGCGAAAAAUGUGAAAUUAGAGACAGAUUUGAAAAAUCUGAAGAAAGAUUUCGGUAGGAAGGUAGCAGAGGUUGUAGCGACACAGCAAAGGCAGCAAAAUCAGCAACAGCACAUCGCGCCACCCCAACGGAGUGCGACCAACUUCACUAAAAUACAGAUGCCCACAACACCUAAAGAUAAAGUAAAAAAUCAGGAUUAUAACGACGAAUUAGAGAAACUUCGAAAGGAAGUACAACGAUACCGAAUGGAAAUAUCUAAUCGUGACGGCAACUUCAAUAGGAUGUUCAGCAAUAGUCAACCGAUGGUGGUUGACCCCAGGGCCGGGAAAAUCGGGGUCAGUCAGAACCAGAUUCUCUCUGGAAACUCCGCCUCAUACACCGAGACGAUAGGACUUCCGGUCAGAGAAAAGUCAUUCUCGUAUGCAUUUGUACAAUCUAUUGAUGAAAAGCAAAGGCCGGCGAGCUCCCGUAUUUCCUCGGCUACAGCGAGACUCCCUUCGCUGACACAGGAGCAAAGGUCAAGGUUGACCAAGCUGAUGAAACCACGCCCUCUUCCCAAAGAGAUGCUCUACGGCAAAUGACAUGAGGAGAAGCCAGGCUCAGACGCAAUGUAAACAGGAAACUGGACGUAAAUAAGUGCCAAUAUAUUCAAACCAGAUGGUCGAAACAGAAGUUGUUAAUUUUGUGUGAAAUGUAUUUCUUUUAUUUUUGUUUUCUGUUCUAUUAGAAUGUUUGAAUGAUAUUGACUGAACUGAUGAACAUUGCGAAAGCGAUGUGUUGAUAUGCACAUGGCUUGUUCUUGCCUUAUUGUACGUUUAUGAGGGGGAAAUAUUGGCAAAAAUUCUUCUAGGAAAUGUAUUACUGUUCGGAAUAAAUAUUCGCAACCUGUAGCGUCAUCUUGCAUCAAAUACUUCUAAUGAUGUAUUUGGAAGCACACAUAACAAUACCAAUGAGCUGUUCACAUCGGCGUUAUUUGUUAUUAUAAUGAUGGAUUGCUACACGUUGAAAGUAAUGUGAGACGCAUUGAUGUCGAGUCUGGCUUCAUUCACAGAUAUUAUAGUGUAUCAUAUAUGUUUAAAGGACGUUUGUAACCAAUCAGGCAUGAAGUUCGCAGAAUAGGAAGAAAGCAAUAAUAUGAUCUGUUCAUAUAUAUGAGAUAAUUGAAUAGUGUUGGUUUUUUUUGUUUCCUGUGAAGUCAUAAAAUUGAUUGGUAAAUCUAAACAUUACAUCUGUCAUGCUUAUAUGGGUUAUAUUGAUGUAUACCUGAAUAUAGUAAACGCAGAUAUAUGGGUUGUCUUAGUGAUAGGAUUCAGGAAAACUUUUUCACACUGACUGUAUCAAGUCACAGUAUAAGGGUACGCCUUAACAGAAUUUCUUGUAAAAACAAGGUAAAAUUUCAUGACAAUGUGUAUGUUUUAUUAUUUAUUUGCGAUUACGAGAUCACAUAUCAAGCAACUUAACAAUGGAAAAUACAUGUCAUUGUUAAAGUAUAUCACGUGAUCCAAACUGGUACAAUAUACAUGACUCGGAAAAACAUUAUAUAAGUGAUAAUUAGUAAACCAUACUAUGUGUGAAAUUUUAAUGUGAACAUUAAUCAUAUGUGUUACUUUAAAUAUUUAUGGGCACGUUCUUCCGUUGUCGUUUCGUUUACAAACCAUGAAAUGGAUAUGGCGGUCUUUAGGUACUUAAUUUAUUUGAUAAUGAUGUAAUGAAGUCAUAUAUUCACUUUACUGAAGUUCGCGCCUCCACUGCAACUACAAAUACUAAGAAAAUAAACACGCAGAAAAGCAUUUCAGAUUAUAUAGUAUUACGUCGAUAUGCAUGAUUUACAGGGAAAAUAGUUGUGAUGUGAUCUACAAACCACUUAUACUCUAAUGCCAUGUACACACGAGAUAUUGAAUAAUAUAUAUGUAAAUUGGCGUCUAUUGGUAAUCAUUUAUUAUGUAUCAUACGUGUUCCCAUUUCAUACAAAUUAUAAACCGUCCAUGUAUCAAUACAUUGUUGUUUAAUAUGUGCCAAACAAUGUGAAUAUGUGAUUGACAAAAACUAAUAAAUGUGGAAGCUCAAA